UGGACAGUGGCAGGCGGCGGAUUGCCGCUGACAGUGAACAACAACAACCUCCUUUACCGUCGAUUGAGUUAAGAUGGGGAUCGCCGAGCAGAACGUCGCACCCAGUGGUCUGGGCGUGCGUCACGCGCAGACGCUGCUGCUGUUCCUGGCGAUGCUGCUGGCGUUCACGAUGCGCGUCAACAUGAGCAUGGCCAUCGUCGACAUGACGGACGAGAACAAUGAUACUUACUUCGACUGGAGCCACAGCGUGCAGGCGAUGAUCCUGUCGUCAUUCUUCUGGGGCUACGUGGUGCUGCAGAUCCCGGCGGGGGUGCUGGCCAAGUACUUCGGGGGGAAGGUGCUGAUGGCGAUAUCCGUGGGGAUGAACGCGCUGCUGUCGCUGGUGAUGCCGGUGGGAGCGCAGUAUGGUGGUUGGCAGUUCGUGUGCGCGUGUCGCGUGCUGCAGGGGCUGACGCAGGCGUUCGUGUAUCCCUCUAUGCACCACCUGAUCUCGCAGUGGAUACCCCUGGAGGAGAAGGGCAGACUCAGCACCAUAAUAUACGCAGGAGGUCAGCUCGGCAUAGCGCUCCAGCUCAUAGCAGCGGGGUUCCUCGCGACCGCGUGGGGGUGGCAGGCGAUAUUCUACACCAACGGCACCCUGGGGGUGAUCUGGACGGUCACCUACCUGGUCUUCGGAGCUGCCUCCCCGGAGCAGUCCAAGCUCAUAUCUCAGGAGGAGCUGCAGUUUAUACAGACGAGCCUCGGAAGAGUUGGGGAGCAGAAGAAACUCCCCACCCCGUGGUCUAAGAUCAUCACGUGUCUGCCGUUCUGGGCGGCGGUGGUGGCGCACUGCGGACAGAACUGGGGCUUCUUCACGCUGAUGACUGAGAUGCCCACAUACAUGCAUAAAGUGCUGGACGUCAAUUUGACCAAAAAUGGAGUGCUAUCAUCAUUGCCGUAUUUGGCGAUGUUCCUGCUGAGUUUCCCGAUGGGGACGAUGACGGACCUCAUCAUCAGGCGCGGCUGGCUCAGCGUCCUCAAUACCAGGAAACUUUUCAAUUCCAUCGGUCUGUGGGGUCCGGCGCUGGCGCUGAUUGGACUGUCGUAUACACCGGAGGGCAACCUGACCCUGGCGGUGGUGAUGCUCACCAUAAGCGUGGGCAUCAACGCUGGACAGUACUGCGGGUUUAUGUUGAUCUCCAUCGAUCUGGCGCCCAACUUCAGCUCGUCGCUGAUGGGCAUCUCCAACUUCUUCGCCAACAUCAUCAGUAUCAUCGCGCCCAUCGUCUGCGGCGUCAUCAUCAAUGACGAGACUGAUACUCAUGAAUGGCGGAAGGUGUUCUUCCUGGCGUCGGGCAUCUAUGUGUGCACCAACCUAUUCUUCGUGCUGUUCACCAGCUCCGACAGGCAGCCGUGGAACGAGCCAGAAGAAGCUGACAAGAAAACGAACCAGACUGAAAAUAUUUAAGGAUAUCAAUUGUAUACAUUAGACUGACGCAGUCGUGUGGAUGUAUAAAGAGAUGUACACGCUGUGUUGUACGGUUGCCGUGGCUGUGGGCUGUGAAGUUGAGUUCUAUUUAUUUUGUACCUGAUGAUAUUUCGUGUAAAAUAUUUUGUUAAGUAAUAAAAUAUAUUAUUGUUAUUGUA